AUGCUAGGAACGGUCCGAGUUUGGCUUAAAAUCCAUGGCUGGUUCGUCGUUGCAAGCGGCAUUUUCACCCUUUGUUUGGGGUUGAGCAUCUGGUUCGAAACUCUCACAACGCGGUCAAAAUUAGAGACUAUGUGGAAUGCACAGCCUGCGGCGAUACAAAGCUUGCUUCAGCAAAGGUUCGACUGCUGCGGCUAUCUAAACAGCACUUCUCCGCCAUUCCAAGUCGAUCGAAUAUGCCCGAACCCACUUGUUGCUGCACAGAAGGCAGGAUGCGUAGGACCCUUCUCCAAUUACGCAAAUCACUUUCUUGAUGUUAUUUUCACGGCGGAUUUCGGUGUUGUCGCCAUCGAUGCUAUCCUCCUCCUGUGCAUUGCGAUUGUCCUCAAGGACCAAAAGGACCGCGAAAGGUACCGCCAGAUAGAUUUAAAGAAUGGGUUCGAAACUAUAUAA